AUGCACAAAAUGUAUUAUUUUCUGGUACAAGAUUACUAACUUUUGGUUAUACUAUAGCAUAUUAUGAUCAUAUAUUAGAAUUAAGUCAAGAUUCUAAUAGUAUAUUAUAUAAAAGAGAUGUUCAAAAUGUUGACUGUCAAGAUGAUGGUGCUGCAUACAGAUUAUUUUGUUCAUCAUUUCUUAAACAAAUUUCUGAUCAAAAUUUUUAUGUGGAUAAAACUAAGAUGAGAUUUGGAUAUAAAUUUUCUAUUUUCUUUAACUGA